AGCUUCAUUCUUAGCGAUUUAUGUUUACGUAUUGUAGUAGCGCCAUCUACUGUAGGCCUUGCACGAUAGUUUAAAGUUUCUUUUUUUUUUUUUUUUUUAAGUUGGCAUCUCUGACUGUGUCGUGUUGGUGACAGGAGGUUAUAUAAGCCCCUGCUCUAGGAAUUUCUCGUCAUUCUGUGUUAUCGUGCUGUAGCCUUCGCACGUAUUUGGCACUCUGCGAUAUUUUUCAAAUACCCUCCAAGCAAAUAACAAGAUGGGAAAGCAAAGGAAAAUUCGAGACGCUGAAAACGACAGGAUUGCUAAAAAGAUAAAACUACUGGAAAAUAAAUUACGACGAGGGAGGCGAAUAAUUUCAUCGGAUGAUAGCGACUCACACGUUGAGGAGCAAGUUUUGCCCGAUCUGACGCCGUCCAGUUCACCGGCAACUUCGCCACGAAGUAAUAUUAUAAUGAGCUUAGACAUGCCAAGCUUGUUGUCUCCUAUGCAGAAUACAUCGCCUUCUGAACAGCCUAACCCGGAGCCUACCACAGCGGAUGUGACAGUACAUGAGCCAGGCCUGCCGUCAGAUCCUGGGCCCUCCACCACAACUGGCGCUCCCAACGAGGAGUCUGAAGCUCAGCUAGAGGAAGAUAUCUUGCAGAUACUUGGCGAAGCACCUCAGCCGGAUAUUGUUUUAGGCAGAAACAUUCAUAGAGAUAUUGCAUCUCGCUGGCAAGAUAUUUUAUUAAAAGGUAUGACCAAAGAGUCAAAGGAACAACUUUUUAAAAAGUAUCUCAUUCCCGCCAAUUGUCACUACCUGGUUGCACCGAUUUUAAAUCCCGAAGCUAAAGCUGCGGUUCCUGAUAUAUUAGCAAAGAGAGACUGCACCUUAUUGCAAAAACAAAAUCAGAUCGGUGUGGCUUUAGCCGCGCUCUCUCAAGUUAUAGAAAUGAUUGUAAAGAAAGAAACUGCUACACAGCUACUUCUGCAGCCAUUAAGUGAUGCUUGCCGCUUGUUGUGUGACAGCCACAACAUGGAGACCAAGACAAGGCGAAGCAUUGUGAUGAGCACUAUAAAUACUAGCUUACGUGAAACUCUCACUAACAGCAGCCGUGACAAGUAUUUAUUUGGCGAAGAUCUAACAGAAAAACUAAAAGCCGCUAAAUCUGUUCAAAGAACCGGGGAAUCACUGCUCAAACCCAACCCAGUAGCAACUUCAAGCAAAAAUUCAAACUAUAAAAACUUGGCCUUACCAAGAAACCGGAAUUUAAACUACAGGGGUCAGACUCAGAAGAGACCACCGAACAGACAGGGCGAGUCAUCGAGAGGACGACCACCAGCGCGCCAACAACGCGCCACACCGUACGCGCGUCCGCCUCCACCUCCGCCCAAAGCGCCGUCGCCGACGAGGAGGCCCUACCGCCGGUAGAUACUCAGGUAACGCAGUACGCUGGUCGAUUAAAAUAUUUUCAUAAAGAAUGGAUGAAAUUAACCGAUGAUUCAACGUUACUGUCAUGGAUAACGGGAUAUAAAAUCCCUUUCAUAUCUACUCCAAUACAAGAUGUUUGUCCUGUAACUAGACCAAAAUCUGAUCAGGAGCAUGAUGACUUUGUUUUGGCAAUCAAUAAGCUAACCUCUAUACAUGCUAUUUCUCGAUGUUCACAUGAGGAAGGAGAAUUUAUUUCGAGCGUUUUCCUUGUGCCUAAACCAAACGGUGAAAAACGUUUUAUUCUAAAUUUAAAAUUGUUAAAUAAAUUUGUAUCAACAAACCAUUUUAAAAUGGAAGACUAUAGAACAGCUAUUAAGUUAAUAACAAAAGACAGUUACAUGGCAUCCAUAGAUUUAAUGGAUGCAUAUUUUUUUAUAAAUAUCUGCAGUUUACAUAGAAAAUUCUUACGUUUUAAUUAUAACGGAACCCUUUAUGAAUUUAACUGUUUACCGUUUGGUUUAUGCACAGCUCCUUACGUUUUUACAAAAUUACUUAAACCUGUAAUGGAAUAUUUACGCUCAAGGAACAUGAUCUCUGUAAUUUACUUAGAUGAUUAUUUUUGUGUAGGUAAAACUUAUUAUGAUUGUAUGAAAAAUGUUAA